CAUCGCCAUAAUCCCAGUGCCUGGCGGUGCGGUUCAGCUCGGUUCUGUGCUCCUGAUCAAGGAGGACCCGAGCAUCUCACAGGGCCUUUGGAAGAAGUUCGAGCAGCUGCAGAAGAUUCCAGGAGUCUUCCUCCCGGAUUUCAUCCCAGAAACGUCCACCACCCCCGCCAGUAUCGCCAAGCCUCUCCCCAUGCCGCCCUCCCACCUGCCCAUCCCCCACCAUCCCGCCUCCCCUUCCUCCCCCGCUCCCUCAGCCUCCCCAUCCAACUCAAUUGCCUCCUCCCCCCAUCCCCCCUCGCGCCACCCCUCCUCUGCCGCCCACCCCCCCUCGUCUAGAUUGAGCCAGCGGUCUAGAGUGGGUCCACUUAGAUCUGAUCCGCCACGAUUUGAUUCUCCCAACCGAUCCACGCAACGAGCCUUGGCACAGCUGUCCAUCCUAGGCUCGCCGUCAGGUUCGGCAACCGUACCUGUCAUACCGCCUGCUGCUCCCGGACCUGCUGCAUCCGGGGGUGCUGCCGCACCUGUGAUGAGCUCUCUGGCACCAGCCAAUCGCAUGCUGACAUCUGGCGUCCGCUCACACUCUCUCUCAGCAGCAGAUGUGCUAGCAGUCUUGACACGGGGAGAUGGAGGGGGGACGGGAGGGGGAGGGGGAGGGGGAGGGGACAGGCGCACUGGCAACAUGAGCAGCAGUGGCAUGAUAAUGGGGUCGCCUGCUGGUUUCGGCCGGACGGCAUCGGCAGGAGGACUAGUGCGGCUGGAGCAGCACCGUUUUGAGCAGCACAGGCCAGAGCAGCAGCGGGCAGAGCAGCUUUUUCGACUGCAGUCGUCCAGAGGGUCCUCCCCCUCGCCCUUUGGCCCGUCGCCCUACGGGUCCCCCCGCCACCGCCGCAGCAGCACCAGCCCCAACACCAGCGGGGCGUCCUCCCCCCGCUCCCGCAUGAGCUGGGGCAGUGGGGGGGAGAGCGGGGGGGCCGCGGGCGGGGGAACGGGCGGGGGAACGGGCGGGGGAACGGGCGGGGGAGCGGGUGGCAGCAGCAUAGGGGGGAGCGGUGCUGGAGCAGGUGGUGCUGGUGGUGGAGCGAGGGAGAGGUUGAGUGGGGGUGGCGGCAGUGGGAGCCUGAAACGGCCGUUAGAGGAGGACAGCUGUGGGGCGGAGGAGAUGGAUUGUGGCAGGCUGAGUGGAGGGGGUGGUGCGGAGACAGCUGGGAGACGAGUGUGUGGCACAAGAGAGGGGGGCGCUAGAGAGGGGAGUGAGAGAGAGGCGAUGGCAGGGGAUGGUGCUGCCGCUAGUGGUGAUGGUGCUGCUGGUGCUGCUGGUGCUCCCGGUGCUGGUGCUGGUGCUGGUGUUACGAGACAGGGGUCUGCAGGGGCGGACGGGCAGGCACAGGGAGCAGCAGGAGAGGGGGAGAGCAGUGGUGGUGGGGCUGCCAGUGGGGGGGGAAGAUCAUCGGCACCAGUGUCAGCGCCGGGAAGCCAGGGCAGCUUUGGGUCGGGCGGGCUGCGUGAUCUAAAGCUGGCGUUUGCCCCGUUUCCCACGUCCGAGGAGGAGAGGCGGAAGGCGGAGGAGCAGUUCCGCAAGCUGGCACGGAAAGCAGAGUUCAAUGAACCCUCUGUGGCCGCUGCUGUCAAGCUCUCGAGAGCCUCCAUGAGCCGAGGGUCCUCAGGUGAUUUCUCAGGUGCUCCUUCAGGUGCUGGAGGUGGUGGGGCUGGUGGUGGGCUGGUGUCCCCAGGUGGGAGCGGGUCCAAGGGGACGGACUCCCCCCUAGCGCCCAUGGAGGUGACCAGCACAGGGGACAGGCUGGACGCGAUACUGUCCCCUGCGCUAUUGUCACCUGCAGUAAGAUCACCUUCGUUACAGUCACCUGCACUAGGUGGCGGGUCGGCGCCGCAGGGCCCUCUGAGGAAGCGGCUGGCCACACCGGAGCUGCACAGGCGGCUGAGCCGAGAGUCGUUUCCGGACUUCGAGCUGGAAGGAAAGCCCACUGCCACUGCUGCUGCUGCUGCUGCUGGUGAUGCUAGUGCUGCUGGUGCUGCUGGUGCUGCUGCUGGUGGUGCUGCUGCUGUUGGUGCUGGUGCUGGAAGCAGGCUCGGCACCACACCUGGGCUUAAUCGAAGCUCAUCGUUAGGUCCGGGAGUGAUGGCACGGCGACCAGAACCAUCAUCCGUUGCUGUUUCCAUGUCUGGAGGUCCGACAGCGAGUGCAGCAACGGGGGGAGCUUCAACCAGCCUCGGCAAGACCUCUAGCCUCGGCAAGACAGCUAGCUUUGGCCAGCCUAGCUCGUCUGCAGCAGGAGGUCCGGAAGGAGCUUUCGAGCCUGUUCCCGCGCCUUCGAAGGAGGCUAUGGCGCUGGCGAUCCUAGGGCAGAUGAUGGCCGGCGGCGAUCUAACGGCUCCGGAGGUGCAUGUGCUGGCGAACCAGAUCACCAAGAUGGCCCAGAAGGAAACGAAACAGGGCGCAGCUGGGGAAGGUGGAACUGGGGCGGGUGGAGCAGGGGGCGCAAGAGCAGCAGGAGAAGCAGCAGGAGCAGCAGCAGGAGGAGCAGGAGGAGAAGGGAAGAGGGGUGCUAGUGCUGGUGCGGGAGGCAGCAAUGGUGGUGGUGGAAGAGUGGGAAGCGGGGGGAGAGCCGGGGGAUUGGCGGGGUUGGGUGGGCUGGAGGGGGUGAUCAAGCUGCUGGGCAAGCAGGCGGGGGCGGCAGCACUGGCAGCGCGGCUCAGAAUAGAGCUGGAUGCGGGAGAGGGGGGUUCGAGUGAGGAAGGGGGAGGUGGGGGUAUGGCGGUCAGUGGUGCUGCUGCUGCUGGUGCUUCGAGUGGUGCUGGUGGUGCUGGUAGUGGUGCUGGUGGUGCUGGUAGUGGGGCGAUGAGUGUGGGUAUGGCGGCAAGUGCUGCUGCUGCACUGCCAAGAUCGAAAUCAGAUAUUUCCAUCGGUCACGACAGCGUUCAGCAGCAGCAGCAGCACGAGGGAGCACGGCCGGGAGAUCUGCCAGGGAUAGCACAGGCUGCACAGGGACAGCAGGCACAGAAGCAACAACAGAACACGCAAGGAGCUGCAACAGCAGCAGCAGCAGGAUCGUUUGCUGCUGCUUCCACAGUCCCUACAGCAGCAGCAGGAGCACAACCAGUUGUGGCACCGGCAGCAGCAAACCGACCGUCGAGAGUGAGUGAUCCUUCCGAAGCUGAGAGGCAGGUGCAGGCGCUGCUGCAGCGGAAGCUGAACGAGAUGGCAGCAGGCUCGGCGCAGGCUCGGAAAGUCUUGCUGGAUCGGCUCAGGGUUGAGGUGGCUGAGAGAAGAAAGGCGCUGGACUCGAAGAGAGGGGGGGGCGAUGUGGGGGAGGAUGAGGACGAGGACGAGGAGGAAGAAGAGGAGGAAGAUGAUAGUGAUGAUAGUGAUGGGGGUGGGUCGGAGGGGGUAGGGAGAAUGACAGGUGGUACAGGCAUGGCAGCAGGUGUGGGGGGAGGUGUGGGAAGAGGUGGGGGAGAAGGAAGGGGAGGGAGUUUGGCAGGAGGUAUUGGGAAUGAGGCAAGGCUAGGAGGAAUGGAAGGGACAGCAGGAAAGCCAGCAGGCAGCGGAGGUGGGAGAGGAGGGGUGUGGAAGGUGGAAGACAUGGGAGGGUGGGGUGCCGGGUCCGGUACAAGACAAAAUGGAGCUCAUAUGGGCGGCACUCAAUUGGGCAGCAUGUUGCCACCCACAGCUGAUGUGAAACCAGGUUCACAGCCACAUAGCCAUGGUAUAGGUCAUUCCACAUCAGCCUCACUGGCCAAUCAUGAGCAGACACCUGGCAGUGCCUGGAAUAGUGGUCUUGGGUCAACCAGUGCAUUAGGACUAGGAGGAGGCGGUGGGUUAAGUCGUGAAGGCUUCAUUGGAGGUAGAAUGCGAUUACAGAAAGAGGAUUUAGUGAUGCUGGAUGUGGGGGAUGUCGACAUGUGGGGCUCUGGGGGGGACUCCGCCCAACCAACGCCCAGUGCUGGUCUUGCCACCAUCCAGAGUGCUUUUUCUGAGAAGCAGGACCCGUCACACACUCACCAAGACACACUCUUUCUGGCAGAAGGGGAGCUGCCCCCCUGGCAGGCACAGCAGGAGCAGCUGCACCAGCUAGAUCAGCAGCAGCAGCAGGGGCAGGGGCAAGAAAGGGGGCUGGAGGAUUUCAGCAUGUUUCUAGAUGAUCUGGACUUGGGGGUGGAGCUGCCUCCGGACCUGCACUUUGCAUCGGCAUAGUAGGUACAUAGGAAACCACCGUUCUAGGCCUCCUAAAUGAUGCAUCUAUGGCCUGAAAUUUAGAGGCACAUGGCUGAAUAUUUAAGUAUUUCUGCAGGCUGACGCAUAGGUGGGAAGUGUGUGUUUGUGCCCACAUGGCGAGAGAAUACUGCACCAUUUGGUUUCCAGGAAAAGAGGAUCGAGUUAUCACA